UCCUGACAGUCUGGCCAUAAACUGGAGCAAUAGAUUUCCUCUCAUCACAGAAGUUCUGAUGAAGAUUCAGGGUCACCAAUAUAGGUCCAUUUUGAAACCAUCCACUAGAGCCAUGGUGUGCCUUACAUCAGGAUCCUGCUGACAUGGAUUUCUAGGCCAAUUUAUCCAAUGUAUACAGAACUGAUUUCAAAGAAAGGAAACAAAGAUGCCUAAGAAAAAUGCAGCAAAAAACACUGAGCCCAAGAAGGCACAGUCUAAAAAGAAGCAAGUCCCAAUAGAAACCUCAUCCGAGAAUGAGGUUGACGAAGUAACCCAAGAAUUUGGCUCAAGAUGGGCUCCAAGUCCAAGUGGGAGAGCAUUUAUCAUGUUUAUUUUUCCAUAAUUUAUCAAGAUUUUAAUUUAUACUUCCAGUUGGAUAAUGGCUAGUGAAGCAUGCAGGACGAAUUUUGACCGUGUUGUGCCACUCGUUUUUUUAAUUUGUUAUAUUUUUAGGAUUUUAUUAAACUUAAAUUAUUUUAUUUUUAAUUUCUAGAAACAAACUAUGCCUCAGAAAAAAUGGACCAAAAACCAAUGAAAACAAGAAGUCAAAAUCAAAAAAGGUGAAUUUUAACUUUUUUGACAAUUUUGACUGCCAAUGAUUUCUUUAUUUCUUUUUUUUUUUUUUUUUUUUUUUGCAGAAGCAUGUCCCUGUUGAAUCCUCUUCAGAGGAGGUGGAGGAUACUAUUUCUGAAAAGACGGUGUCUGAAGUUGGAUCUAGAUGUUCAAGAAGCCCAAGUAAGAUUAUUAUAUAAGUCAGCAUGACUUGGAAACAGAGAAGGAGAGUGUCCCGCAUGUGUUGGCCCCCCAGGAUAGACCUUCCAAAAAGCCUGAUCCACGUCCUGCGCCUCGCCAAUCCAGGGGAAGAGGAGGCAGGAAUUGUGGCAGAGGACAUGGUUGUGGUGGCAUGUGCUGGUUGGGUGGAGAUUAAAGGGGGGCAGGAUGAGUCGGAGAUCACGAUAGACACCGAUCUCCUAAUAACGAUGAUCGAGGCUUGUUCUGCUCUGGGGGAUUCGUCUGACCCACACCACGCCAAGCUACAAUAUUCACAGGCUCUUUGGAUUGAGAUUUAUUGUGCCAUCUGCAACAACUGGGAGGACCUGUCAUCUACUGAAAGAUGGACAGUAGGCAAGCAGAUUAGAAAUCGGUGGGCAUCCAUCAGGGACCAGCACAUGCGGGACAUAAGGGAGGAAGAAGAGAGGCCCAGUGGAUCCGGGGCCUCCAGUAAAACCCCAUACUACAACCGGCAACUCCAUGGAUUUCUUCAAAAGUGUCACGAGAUGCAGAAGACACAUUCCAGUGUUAGACAAAAAAGGGCUCAGACCCUCCAACAGGCACCCCCCCCCUAUCUGCCCAGCCCCCUGACACUGCUGAUCAGGGGCAAGAACCUUCUCCUCUACCAGCUUUCUCAUAGUCCCGACCAAGUUGCCAGAGGAUCGAAAUAUCCUUUGGAGAUUUGGUCCGGCCAGUGAGGACUGGUAGGAGAAAGCAUGGGAUCCUUAAAGAUCUCAUAAAGCUCACAAAGGAGAGCUUUAUGAGAUUGGAUGAUAAAGUGGAAGUCUUGAGGGAAGAGCUUUGUAAGUUACAGCAGGUGGGGGCAGGGCUGUCUACUGGUCCCCUUUCAGACUCUCUAUCUCCGGAGCCUGGCUCCCAUGCUGGAGAAACUGUCCCUUGAAAAGCAGUGUCAGGAGUUGUUUGAGCUUCUGAGUUGACUCUGCUUGCUUCAGGAAGUCCCAUCUCACAAGAGGAGAUCCUCCUCCCCAUGGCAGAGUUCUUAAACACACGGAAGUUGUUGGUCCUACCAUAUGACCCGAUGUCCACAGCAAUGAAUUUGUACUGCGCAUCCGCAAUGGCCAUAAGUAUGGUGCAGAAGAACCUCUUGUAAUUAUAGUACUUUGACCCAGUGUACGCCAGCUUCUGGAUCCUGAUGUAUUUCCCGUCGACUGCUCCAACACAGUUUGGAAACUGUGUGACUUCCUGGAACUUCUCUGCAAUGCCACACCAAUGUUCUGCUGAAGGAUGCGGAAGAAAGUCUGCUAGAAGGCAAUCCCACAUGGCCUAACAGGUGGUCCAGACAAUCCCAGAGAUGGUGGAAAUUCCCAGGUGAAACUGGAAGAGGAGCAAUUAUAAACUCUCACCGGAUUCCAGGAACCUGAAAUUAACAGUUAAAAAAAAGAGUUUUACUAUUUUACAAAACACAUUGGAUAAACACUGCAAAAAAAAAAAAAAAAAGGAUUUUGAUUACAUACGUGAGGGUUACGAUGAGGCGUUCCUCUGGCGAGAUGCUCCUCCUGAGGUGGGUGUCUUGGCAACAGAAACUUUCACUGAUGCAUUGGAGAAGGUCAUAAACAUUGCUACAGACAUCUUUAGGUAGCUUGUGAACUUCUCUGGGUGCUGGCGCAGCUCCACAUACAAAGUACUAUGCACCCCAUGGGUCAUCCAUGCUGCAGUGAUGGGAUGGAUCCAAUAUCUUCGGUGACGUCUCUCAUCAUCUUCAGAUCUUCUCCUUCUUCUUUGGGCAUGCCACAGCAGAACAUCAAAACUGUAGGAAAGGUGGGUGGGAAACAUUUUGAAAUUCGCAAUGGUAAAGUCUGACAGUACUCUCCCUCUCAAUGCUGAAAUUCAGACUGGUGUCAGAUCAUUGUGGCACCCUUUAAUACCCUUCCCUAGGAGUAGGAGGCGGAGCUUCAGGUGCUGCAAGGUGUGACAGGUAGGAGAGGUAAAAAAAAAGGGUUAAAAACAGACAUUAUAAAAAUUCAUAACGGAUGUAAUAACGAGUGAUAAUGGGUAAAAACGGGCCAAUAUUUAACCCCUUAAGGACUGAACGUUUUUCCAUUUUUGCACUUUCGUUUUUUCCUCCUUACCUUGUAAAAAUCAUAACCCUUUCAAUUUUGCACCUAAAAAUCCAUAUGAUGGCUUAUUUUUUGCACCACCAAUUCUACUUUGUAAUGACAUCAGUCAUUUUAUACUAAAAUCUACGGCGAAACAGAAAACAAAAAUCACUGUGCGACAAAAAGGAAGAAAAAAACCCAUUUUGUAAAUUUUGGGGGCUUCUGUUUCAACGCAGUACAUUUUACAUUAAAAAUGACACCUUAUC